GCGACCAGAAAAUGGUGAUGGUGCAGGCGCAAGGAGUGGCGGAGACUGUACGUUAGCAGACCCGGCGGAAGCAGUGGACGAGUCGAUGGAGAACCCGGACCCGGAAUCGGACAGGAAUCCAACCUCUCCGACACGGCUCCAAUACAGGGUGAUCGACGGAAGCAAACGAGAGAGUCCCAGAGAUCUGAAAGUCCGUCCACACACGUGGGUCGGCAGUGACGCCGAAUUCACGCAGAAGAAGGAGGAUUCAGUCUCCAAUGCCCUGCCGAAACUAAGAAAGAUCACCAUUCCCCGACCGCUGUCCAGUUUUACUCCCACUGGUGCGACUAGUCCACUAGAGAGGGCAGCACCGGCCACUAAACGCUACACGUAUAACUCGCCGUUCGUUUCGGUCACAGAGCAGACGAGUGGAGCAGCGAGAGCGUCAGCGGCAGCAGCGCCACCGCAGAAGCGCUCCACUCUAGGUGGUGAACAACAGUAG